AAAUCUGCUCAUCUAACAUGGGUGUGAUCACCGUAAUCGCGAAACGAUUCGAUGCUCUAAUUGGGUACGUAUCGAUCCUAAUUCGAAUUAGAAAAGAGUGUAUGAAAAACGUACCAUUAAUGUCUAACAUUGUCUUGUCUGCUUUUGGUGGCAUGUGCAGGCCAGGAGUCAUGCUUCUUUAUCCUCUGUAUGCAUCGCUAAGAGCGAUAGAGAGUCCAACGAUGUUGGAUGACCAGCAGUGGCUCACAUACUGGAUCAUUUACUCCUUCAUGACAUUGUUCGAGAUGUCUGUUUGGAGAAUCCUUGCCUGGAUACCGUUCUGGCCGUACAUGAAGCUUCUGUUUUGUAUGUGGCUGGUGCUACCGAUGUUCAGUGGGGCUGCAUACAUUUACUCGAAUAUGGUGAGGAAAUACGUGAAGAUAGGAGCGUAUGUAGGGGGGAAGAAUUACACGGAAGAGCAGAGGAAGGUCUUACAGAUGAUGAGCCUUGAUGCUCGGAGUUCAGUUCAACAUUACAUCGAUCUUUACGGAUGGGAUGCUGUUGAGAGGGCCAUCAAAGCUGUAAGAAGAGGAAUUCCAGUUUUCGAUAUGUAAUAAUACACACACAUAAAUAUAUAUAUAUGCAUGAAUAACUUCAUCUGUUUUCUGUGUACUCCUACCUGCAGGCUGAAAGAGAAACAAAGAGGCAUUGAGGCAAAGAAGAUAAAAAAAUCCAGAGUUCUUUGUGAUUUAAUCAUAAGGUUGUUUGUAAAUGUUUGAAUGAACAAAGUUUGUUGUUGUUACCAAGAAAAAUUUGAGCUGAUAACGGGUUUGCGUU